CUUCUUCUUCUUCUUCUUCUUCUUCUUCUUCUCGUCUGCCUCCCCACCCCCUUCUCUUCUUCCCUCGACUGCCCUCGUCUGCUCUUCAUCAGAGAGUACUGAGCGAAAUAUCCGUUGUUUGCCUUGUUGGGAUACUGAAUCUUGUUCUUCUAGUUCAGGAUCGAAAGACCAGCAGCAAAAAAAAAAUGUCGAAAUCAGACGUCCAUCUGCACCCGCGCAUGUCCAAGAAGCCUCCCUUCACGGUCGAGGCGUCGGGUUACGAACCAAAGGAGGGAGAGACUAUCCCUCGUCGCUUGCCUGCCGCCAAGGACAAGCUCAUCACCCGUCCCGCGGACGACGUGGCAACCACCUACGAUGUUUUCCGCCGAUCCGCCAGGUUGUUCGGCAACGCGAAGGCCGUUGGCAGCCGCCGGCUGAUCAAGACCCAUGUAGAGAACAAGAAGGUCAAGAAGGUCGUGGACGGCGUCGAGCAGGAGGUUGACAAGAAGUGGACCUACUUUGAGAUGAGCGGGUACACCUUCAAGAGCUUCCUCGAGUACGAGCAGAUGGCUUUGCAGCUCGGGAGUGGCCUUCGUAAGCUGGGUCUGCAGAAGGAUGACAUGAUUCACCUCUACGGAGCGACCAGUGCACACUGGCUGCUCAUGUCUCACGGAGCUGCUUCUCAGUCGCUGGUCAUCGUCACCGCGUAUGAUACCCUGGGCGAGGAGGGCUUGAAGCACUCGCUCGUGCAGACAGGGAGUCUCGCAAUCUUCCUGGACCCUGGCCUGAUCCACUCCCUGAGAAAUGUGCUCGGCGAUGCGAAAUCCGUCAAAUACGUCAUCUACAACACCGACAACGAGGUCAAACAGGAGGACUUGGACAAACUAAAGGCCGAUUUCGACCACCUCACCAUCCUUAGCAUCGAGGACCUACGCAAGCUGGGCGAGGACAACCUGGUCGAUCCCGUCCCGCCUGCGCCCGAGGCGCUCUGCUGCAUCAUGUACACCUCCGGCUCGACCGGCCCUCCGAAGGGUGUUCCCCUGACCCACGCCAACGUGAUCGCGGCCACCGCGGGGAUCCACGCCAUUGUCGGCGAGUAUAUCGGCCCGAAUGACAUCCUGCUCACCUACCUGCCCCAAGCACACAUCCUCGAGUUCAUGUUCGAGAACCUCUGCCUGUUUUGGGGUGGCACCAUGGGAUACGGGAACCCGCGCACCCUGUCCGACACCUCGAUGCGGAACUGCAAGGGCGACAUCCGCGAGUUAAAGCCGACCAUCCUGGUUGGCGUCCCCGCGGUCUGGGAAUCGGUGAAGAAGGGCGUGUUGAACAACCUCAACAAGAACAGCUUCCUUGUCAAGAGUCUGUUCUGGGGCGCCAUGUCCGCCAAGAGCUUCCUCAUGACCACGGGCUUCCCUGGAGCCAGCUUUGCCACGGGACUCAUUGAUUCUGUCGUCUUCAAGAAGCUCAAAGACGCGACGGGCGGGCGCAUGCGCAUCAUGAUGAACGGCGGUGGUCCCGUCUCCAAGGACACGCAACAGUUCCUGUCGAUGGCCAUCGCACCCAUGAUCAGCGGGUAUGGCCUGACCGAGACCUCGGCCAUGGGGGCGCUGAACGACCCGAUGGCCUGGAACUGCAACGCGCUGGGCGAGAUCCCGGGCUCCGUCGAGGUCAAGCUGGUCGAUUUCCCCGACGCAGGCUACCUGACCUCGCACCGCCCGCCGCAGGGUGAGAUCUUCAUCCGCGGCGCCAGCGUCACGACGCACUACUGGAAGAACGAGGAGGAAACCAAGAGCGCCUUCAGCGAGGACGGCUGGUUCAUGACCGGCGACAUUGGCGAGUUCGACCAGUACGGCCACCUGCGCAUCAUCGACCGCAAGAAGAACCUAGUCAAGACCCUCAACGGCGAGUACAUUGCUCUCGAGAAGCUCGAGUCCAUCUACCGCUCCUCCCCCAUUGUCGGCAACAUUUGCGUCUACGCCGCCGAGGAUCAGGACAAGCCCGUUGCCAUCAUCGUCCCCAUCGAGACCGCCCUGAAGAAACUCGCCGAGGAGAACAACAUCAAGGGCGACACCAUCGAAGCGCUUGUGCAUAAUAAGGACAUCAACGCUGCCGUCCUCAAGCAGCUCCAGGCUGCAGGCAAGGCGGGCGGCCUCCGUGGUAUCGAAAUCGUCAGCGGGGUGGUUCUCUCCGACGAAGAAUGGACUCCUCAUAAUGGCUACAUGACCGCCGCACAGAAGCUCCAGCGAAGGAAGAUCAUGAACCGGUAUCGCAAGGAAAUCGACCAAGCCUACCACAAAAAAUAGUCUCUCUUCUUUCCCAACCCCUUUUUCCUUUCCUUUCCUUUCUUUUCUCCUUUGUUUUAUUCCCUGCUGCUCGUGUGCAGUUCACUGUUUGAUGUCAGCUUGUUUCAAUACCUGUUGUCAUCUAUUCGAUGAAUUCGAUGACCCGG